GACCACACUUUACAGAAAAAACUCCAUCUUUUCUUUUCUGUCACGAUGCCUCCUAAAAAGCAGCCAGAGAAAUCAGCCUCUGGGGCCUCAAAGCCCGCAGAGAAGAAGACUUCCAAAACCCCAGCAGCGGCUCCUAAGGCCGCUUCUGCCAGUGCUGCACCCAAGCCAGCUACUGCUAAGACACCGGCACCAGCUCCUAAAGCCGCAUCGGCUGCCAAACCAGCAGCAGCUCCCAAGAGUGCCGCAGCCCCCAAGCCCGCGCCAGCGAAGGCAGCGGCCAAGCCCGCUGAAAAGAAGGCCGCCGCUCCUGCAGCUAAGGCCGGAUCAGCUAAAGCCGCUGCCCUCAAAGUCAAGUCCAGUGCUAAACCUUCAGCGAAGAAAGCAGCGUCAGCAGCAAAAUCAAAGCCAAAGCCAGCUGCGACUAAGCUUAAGAUUGCACCAAAACCGAAGAAAACUGGCAUCAAAGGGCAAAAGAAAGUUGUGAAGCCAGUAGUUAAAGCUCUUAAGACUCAAAGGAAGGUAGUGAAGGGUGAACAUGGGAAACGCGUGCGUCAGAUUCGCACAUCAGUGCACUUCAGGAGGCCCAAGACUUUUGAAGCCCCACGUAACCCCAAAUACCCAAGGAAGUCACUUCCUAAAAGAAACCGAAUGGAUGCUUACAACAUCAUCAAAUAUCCCUUGACAUCUGAAGCUGCCAUGAAGAAAAUUGAAGAUAACAAUACCUUGGUAUUCAUCGUUCACACCAGCUCCAAUAAGCAUCAUAUUAAAGCAGCGGUCAAGAAACUGUAUGACAUCAAUGUCGCUAAAGUGAACACUCUCAUCAGACCUGACGGCAAGAAGAAGGCAUAUGUACGUCUAGCGAGAGAUUAUGAUGCACUAGAUGUUGCCAACAAAAUAGGCAUCAUAUAAACAUGUAAAAUAUUUUUAUCAAUAUAAGAACAACAAAAAUU